AUGCCUUCACUACAGUCCCAUCUCUCCUGCAACCCUGCAUGUGAAGAUGCCCAAGAAAUAAAGCUUCUGGGCUUCGACGAUGUCUACGAACAGAUAGUGAUGGGUUCCCCGGAGAGCUUGUUUGAUCUCCCACCGGAAUCAUUUUGGGUCCCGAAGGGCUCCGAACAAGAUUGGGUCCACCAAAACGCGAACAUGCAACGCAGAACCUCCAUGAAACUGCAGAACCCCCAAGACGGGUUUUCCGGCGCCGACUCCAAGUCUCAAUCUCACCGUUCCUUCUCCGCCGUGAACAAAUCCUCCUCCUCCUCGCUCCUCGCUCUCCCCAAACCGCGAAACCUCAAGGCGGCGGCGGGUACGAGGUUGUUCAGGAGCAUGUCUGAACCGGGCGGCGGCGGGGAAAUGCGGGUUGCUGAGCCGGGUUCUCCCAAGGUUUCGUGUACUGGGAGGGUGAGGUCGACGAAGAAGAAGGAGGGGGGAGGAGGAGGGAGGAGAACCGGGUUUUGGAGACGGUUCGGGUUGGUUUUGAGAAGCCGGUUUGGGACGGACCGGGUGGCGAGCAAACGCAGCGGCGAAUCGCAGUCGGAGGACAAAAUUCGGCGUCAGAGCUCGCUCUGA